AAGAAGAGAUCUAGUUGCGAAAAAUCGUGUAUUUUUAAGUAAAAACAAGGUAUCUGAUUUUGAUACAGAUUACUAUCGUGGAGUGAGAUACAAUUGUAACUUUUUAAAAGUAAAAUGACCCGAAAUAAGAUUCGUCGAGUGGUGAGCAAAAAACGAGCAUCUGCUGAUGAACGUACUCGCAUUGAAAACAAGAUGAGAGACUUUGAAGUGCAUGUGGAGAGCGAAAUGGCAAAUCUGGAGCUCAAUUUCCGAGAUGAAAUGGAUAAAAUUCAACGUCUUAUUGAUGCUUUGAAAACUAGAAUUCCGAAGAAAUUUCAAACGAUGACCAUUGAUCAGAUUAGAGAAUAUAAUGAAGAAGCGGAAAAAAUCGAAUCAUCCUUUUAUGCAGAUAAAACAACCCACUUGGCGAAUUUGAGCAUGAUGCUUGAAAAAUCAGCUAGAAAAAAAUCGAAAGAUGACGGUUACCUUACAGAGGAGAGUGAAAACCACGAGCGUCUUUCCACAUUGUCAACGUCCAAACGUAUGGGACCGUUAAUGUCGGCUAAAUAUCGCCGUCGCAGUAAAUCGACAAGCGCUAUGGGCAACAGCAGCGCGAGCCACAGUCUUUUCCAAUCCACCAACACGAGUAGAUCGGUUUUGGGAAUGACACUUACAGCUAAUCCCACAGCAAAGGACCGUGCCUCCAGAUCUAAAAUAAAGACACCAAUGCCUUACCGUUCUAAAGCGAUAAGUGCUGACCGAGUGUGCGGGCCUAUUACCCCGAAAGUACAGCCCAACAGCGCAAUGGCCAUCAUACGUCACGCUAGGUUAGGAGAACCUGUAUAUUCGAUUACUGGAAGUCCAGUCAUUACUGCAAACAUGCUUGAAGCAACAGCAAACCUGAAUAUUCCAGUUCAAAACGGAAUGCUAGCCAUUCGACCAACCGAGAUGGAUUCGGUUGAUCCACAAAUCGUUAGCAGAAUAGAUCCCAAUGUAUUGAGUGAGCUAAAACAACUUCAGGAAAAUCUAAACGUUAUCAUGCGCACGCUCAGACUGUAAUUCUAAUCGGUUUUCGAUUUACGUUUAUUCCGAGUUAUAUUUUAUAAUGCAAAAUUGCGUAUUUCUGACUUGUAUUCCUUUCUUAUUUUUUCAACCUAUGUAUUAGUUGUAUAUUUUAAAU